AUGCAGUUUGGACGCAAGGCACAGCUUCGCGAGCAACUUUUGACGCUUCGGCGACAGAGAACAGGUAACAGUAGUCAUGCCGACCCCAAUGAGGGCAUCGAACUACACGGUAAUGUCGUGGGUGGUGGCCGGUUAGAGGAGCAUGAGCAGACAAGAGAGGCGAUGAAGGUCAUUGCGACGCAGGACGCCGAAAUUGAUGCGGGGUUGGAUCGACUGAAGGCGGGAGUGGGGAGAUUGCACAACCUGGCGCUGGAGAUUGGUGUACAGAUUGACAUGCAGACACAAAUGCUGGAGAAGACGGAGCAAACGAUGGAUGCUCAAGUGAAUCGGCUGCGUAAUAUUAACCGCCGUAUGGCUAAAUUUAUGAGAGAGAAGAAACCGGUAAAUGUCUUUUUGAAUGUAUGCUGUUGUCUGCUCAUCCUUUCCCUCUUGGGGUUCUUCCUUAUACAGUUCAAUGUUAUCUAG